AUGCCCGCCGACUCGACGACCCCUCUGCUCCCCAUCUCCACUCCCACCGCCAUCGCCACUCCUCUCUUUGCGAGGCAAUCGCCCGAUCCUCCUCCCUCGGUCGCAAACAAUGUCCAGCGCCUCGCCAUCGCCACCUUUUCGCUCGUUCGUCUCCUGCGCGGCCUCUCCCUCAUAGCCUACCCGCGCUUUGGUCUCUGGGCCCUCGACAUUCCUCCCGAUGGAAGCGCAUACAUGCUUGCUAGUUUGAUUGGCGUGCGCGACGUGCUCCUCGCUGGUUUCCUCUACACGGCCGAUUUGCCUUCGGACCCGACUGCUCGUCGCGAAGUUACGCGUGCCCUGGUGGUGAACCUCCUGAGCGACGCGCUGGACGCGUUUGUCCUCAUCUUCUACGCCGCAUGGUCUGCCGACUGGGGAAACCCCGUCGCCGUCAUCGUUAUAUCCGCCGUCAUGGCUAUCCUCGAGCACCUGACGCUCUGGAGUCUGAGCGAAGACGAGUGGAACGCGCUCGACCACCGAAGUCUCGAGGACGACAAGAAGGCGAGGAUGAAUGCCUGGCUGAGGGAGCUGGAGCGCUGCGGACCCGAGCAGUCGGUCGUUCCGCCGUCGUCGCGGGCUUCUGUGCGAUACGGAGCUGUGGUCUAG